GGGCCUAAAGGUUAAGAAAAUCUGCAUUUUGUACGAUUGAAGAUUAAUAUAAAAUUAGUUCCCAGGAGUAUGAGCUUUGUUGUAUGUUUUUCAGGAUAAUUCAAGUUCAUAGUGAUUCUGGAGCUCAUCUGGAGGUGCAGACAGAUGUGGAGGGUCAGGGAUGCACCCACCUUGCUGCAGGUUCCUAUACUGCUGCUGUUAAACUCUCUUCAGCUGCUGAUGAGGCAGGCAUGAGAUUUGGUCCCCUUGAACAUGUGUUCAGUGUUGAGUCAGAUCCUAUUGGUCAGUUGUCUUUUUCACAGUUCUUAGGUGAGAUAUCUGGCAAGAUAACAUGUUUGGAGAAGUGUCCCGAUUUGACUGUGAUUCUCAGAUUUGCCCGGGGAGGUUCUGGUGCACCUCGAAGCACUGUUGCUGUCAAUGGAAAGUUUUCCUUAACUGAUGUUGUGCCUGGCUCUUACCAGUUAAGCGUCCAGAAAGAUGAAUGGUGUUGGAAACUUAAGACAAUACCCGUAAUU